AUGGCCGUGACGGAGUAUAGCCAGAGGCCUGCCUCGUAUGCCUUGGUUGCACUGGAGGACCGGUUUGAAGUGAUCAAGGACAUUGGCGAUGGCAGUUUCGGAAGUGUUGCGUUGGCCAGAGUACGAGCCAACGGUGCGAGUGUUGCACGGCGGAACACGAUGGUUGCAAUCAAAACGAUGAAAAAGACCUUCGAAUCCUUUGGACCAUGUCUAGAGCUUCGCGAAGUCAUAUUCUUACGGACCCUCCCCAAUCAUGCGCAUUUGGUCCCCGCGUUGGAUAUCUUCUUGGAUCCAUUCAGCAAGAAACUGCAUAUCUGCAUGGAAUACAUGGACGGCAACCUUUAUCAAUUGAUGAAAGCGCGGGAACACAAAUGUAUGGACGCAAGAAGUGUCAAAAGCAUCCUCUACCAGAUCUUGUCCGGCCUCGAACAUAUUCACAACCACCACUUCUUCCACCGCGACAUCAAGCCAGAAAACAUCCUUGUCUCUACUUCAGCACCUCAGGAUUCCCAGUCAACUUUCAGCAGAUAUUCCUCACUAGUCACUCCGCCUUCUACACCGCCAACUUAUUCUAUCAAGAUCGCCGAUUUUGGUUUGGCUCGAGAGACCCACUCAAAAUUACCGUAUACCACCUACGUCUCUACUCGAUGGUACCGAGCGCCGGAAGUACUGUUGAGGGCCGGGGAGUACUCUGCUCCUGUGGACAUCUGGGCCAUUGGAGCGAUGGCAGUCGAGAUUGCCACUCUCAAGCCUUUGUUUCCGGGGAGCAACGAAGUGGACCAAGUAUGGCGGAUAUGUGAAGUUAUGGGCAGCCCCGGGAGCUGGUACACGAAAAACGGAAACCGAGUUGGAGGUGGUGAAUGGAGAGAAGGAACCAAGCUGGCUCAAAAGCUGUGUUUCUCGUUCCCCAAGAUGGCUCCUCACGCCAUGGAAACUAUUCUGCAGCCUCCACAGUGGCCCUUGGCCUUCAGCAACUUCGUCACGUGGUGUUUGAUGUGGGAUCCCAAGAAUCGUCCAACAUCAAAGCAAGCAAUGGAACACGAGUUCUUCGCCGACGCUGUCGAUCCACUUAGGCCCAAGUCAUCAUCACGGCUUCUCGGCCGGAAACACUCGGAUUUGAGUUUCAGAUCAAGGGACGCAGCCGACACCCCAACCAUCACUUCGAAACCCUCCUGGUUCCGAAGAUCCCUCAUUGCUCGUGAAAGUGCGCCUGCUGUGCCUCAAUCCACCCCAGAGCCGAAGGUGGUGCAGCAAGAACCAGACGGACUUGCCAGCAGACUUCGCCCUCAAGCAAGUAAACGUGCGACAUGGACCAAUAGCACAAAUUCCAACGGCGCUGCACCAAUGCCAAUUCUGCCUUCAAUUCGCCCUAUCUCACCACUACCCAACGCCGUCACCGCACAGGCAAGCUCUACAUAUGUGUCUUCCAGCGGGUCGAAGCACGAAUCUAAACCGGCUGAAGAGAAGUCGAAGAAGAUUGGUCGACAGUUAUCCAUCAAUUCACACGGUAAUCAUUAUGCCGAUCUCCACCGCCAGGAGGCCGAGCGGGCACUCAAUGCCAACAGCGGCCUCGUGUCACCACCCAGCGGUCAGAAGGAGAGCUUCUUUUCACACCUGCGCAAGCGAGCGAGGCGCUUCUCUGGAAGGCAUGGGCUGGCGUCACCCAGCGGUGACGAUGUCGAGGCCAAUGCGGCAAAUGUGCCGUGGUCUAACAGAUCAUCGCUCAUGGUAGACAGCGCCAUUCCCGAAGUCAACCACGAUUUUUCCGAUCUCGACAAGAUCCUACAAAAUGUGAGAUACAGUCUUGAUCGUGCGGAACCUGAGAUGGAACACAGGAAGUCGUCGACAGACGUGAGCUCCAACCAAGGAUCUCUGAAGAGGACGCAUUCAGUCCCGAGAUCACAAGGCGGCCGGUCCAGCGAGAAUCUGGCACAAGUCCCGCCUCCCACGAACAACCGCAUCUCGCGUCGUCCUAUUCCAAUCAACCAGUACGAGACGCCUGAAGAAGCGGACGAGUUGCUUGAUGAAGCUUUGCGUUCAGCUCAUCGGGCAGUACGGCGACUUGACCAAAAGGGCUGUACAAAAGAGCAGGCACAGCGACAUGCAUUGGCACAAAAAGACUACAAUCGGCAGUCCCUACCACAGAUCCCGAGCAACCCGGCUUUGCACGCGGCCUAUCUCACGCCUUCGCCUUCGGCGAAGAGGGAUGGUGUGCACUUCAACUCCAGCAGCACUUCCAGCGUUCAGCCGCUGAACAUCACCAAGAAGCGCAGUGAACAUGACCAUGUCCCUUCACACUGGCCUACGCCGCCAUACGAGGAGAACGACUGGGCAUCUGCAGCUGCCAACAGCAUCUUGGCAACAAGCCAGAUGUACCGAUAA